GCCGGAGGGCGGAGCCGCGGGGCCUGGCGGGCAGGUGCGCGCGGGCCAGAGGGCGGAGCCGCGAUGCAGCGAUGGAGCGCUGCCCGGGCGGGCGCCGGGGCCGGGGCCCGAGAACCGGGCGGAUCGCGAGCCGGAGCCGCAGCCAGAGCCCGGACCAGGCCGGGGUCCGGCACCGCAGAGCCGGGCUGCUCGUAGCGGCGGCAACGGAGCCCCCCAGCGGCUGAGGGGCUUCCUCCCAGUUCCUGCCGGUGGCCGGGACUCUGCAAGCCCCCGCAGCCGGGGAGCGCGGGGAUCCCCCUCCACCACAUCCAGGACCCAGAGACCCCCAAGAAAGCGGGAGACCCCUUCCAGAUCCAACAGAGAGCUACUCCCCAGCUGGGGAAAGCGGAGACUUCCUCCGUAUUCGGAAGACAGUGACCUCCCUACGGUACGGCUAAGACUCCCCCUCUUCAAUCGGGCCCCCCCCAAGACCUAGAACGCAGUGACCCCCUCCUCCGGCAUUGCUGGGACCCCCUGUCAAGAACCCGGUCAUUACAACUCCACACCUCAAGACACGAAGACUCAGCUCAGAACGCCCCUAGAUCAGGGGGUUCCUAGACCCCCCCAAUUCCGGUACACAGGAACCCCAAAUCUAGGGAACCGAGGACAGCAAGAGCUAUCCCUCACCAGCAAGAGGCCUCGGGGCCCCCCUCAAAGCUCCAGGACCCAGGCGACUGAGCCCCUCGCGGCGCCCUUCUCAUCCCAGCCCAUGGUUGUGGCGCCCUGAGCCCCCCCGGGCCGGGCUGACGGAAACCGAGACGGCGCCCAGGCCCCCUGCCGCGGCGUCCCCGCGGCCCCAGCCCAGGGAGAAGAUGAGCGUGGGCUGCCCGGAGCCCGAGCCACCCCGCUCCCUGCCCUGCUGUGGGCCGGGGACCGCCCCUGGGCUGGGGGCAGGCGUGCCGCUCCUCACUGAAGAUAUGCAGGCACUGACCCUCCGCACGCUGGCCGCUAGCGAUGUCACCAAGCACUACGAACUCGUCCGGGAGCUGGGCAAGGGCACCUAUGGGAAGGUCGACCUGGUGGCCUACAAGGGCACGGGCACGAAAAUGGCGCUGAAGUUUGUGAACAAGAACAAGACCAAGCUGAAGAACUUCCUGCGGGAGGUGAGCAUCACCAGCAGCCUCUCCUCCAGCCCCUUCAUCAUCAAGGUCUUUGACGUGGUUUUUGAGACCGAGGACUGCUACGUCUUCGCCCAAGAGUACGCACCUGCCGGGGACCUGUUCGACAUCAUUCCUCCUCAGGUGGGACUCCCCGAGGACACGGUGAAGCGCUGCGUGCAGCAGCUGGGGCUGGCGCUGGACUUCAUGCACGGGCGGCAGCUGGUGCACCGCGACAUCAAGCCCGAGAACGUGCUGCUGUUCGACCGCGAGUGCCGCCGCGUGAAGCUGGCCGACUUCGGCAUGACGCGCCGCGUGGGCUGCCGCGUGAAGCGGGUCAGCGGCACCAUCCCGUACACGGCGCCCGAGGUGUGCCAGGCGGGCCGCGCCGACGGCUUCGCGGUGGACACGGGCGUGGACGUGUGGGCCUUCGGCGUGCUCAUCUUCUGCGUGCUCACCGGCAACUUCCCGUGGGAGGCGGCGUCGGGCGCGGACGCCUUCUUCGAGGAGUUCGUGCGCUGGCAGCGGGGCCGCCUGCCCGGGCUGCCGUCGCAGUGGCGCCGCUUCACCGAGCCCGCGCUGCGCAUGUUCCAGCGCCUGCUGGCCCUGGAGCCCGAGCGCCGCGGGCCGGCCAAGGAGGUCUUCCGCUUCCUCAAGCACGAGCUCACGUCCGAGCUGCGGCGCCGGCCCUCGCACCGCGCGCGCAAGCCCGCCGGGGACCGCCCGCCCGCCGCCGGGCCGCUGCGCCUCGAGGCGCCCGGGCCGCUCAAGCGGACGGUGCUGACCGAGAGCGGCAGCGGCUCCCGGCCCGCGCCCCCCGCCGUCGGGCCCGCGCCCGUGCCCGUGCCCGUGCCCGUGCCGGUGCCCGUGCCCGUGCCCGUGCCCGAGGCCGGCCUGGCGCCCCCGGGCCCCCCCGGCAGGACCGACGGCCGCCCGGACAAGAGCAAAGGGCAGGUGGUGCUGGCCACGGCCAUCGAGAUCUGCGUCUGAGCCGCUCCCGCCGCCCUCGGGCCGGGGCGCCGCGCUCGCACCAGGCCGGGCCGCCGGGAGCCGCCCGGGCCCGCGCCAAAACGGGGGGCUUGGCGGCGGCCGCGGCAAAUCCGACCAGCCCCCGCGGCGGCAGGAGGGAGUAGCGGUAGGCUAGGCGGGACGGCGGGCCCAGGCGCCGGGUCCGCGGCGGGCCGCCGAGAUAGCCACCGAAAGACCUCUCGCCCCGCCUGUGGGGCAGGGACUUGGCCCACAGGAGCCGAGCCCCACAGACCCGAGGAUUCAGAGGCGCCCCCUCCCCCGUCCCCCGACACCAGGAGCAAGGGAGCUUGCGGGCAGACUCCCCCACACCGCCCCGAACCCUGGAACCCUGCCUAGUUGCUCCUGGCCCUUUGCACCCCCUGGCAGAUCGUCCCGCAGUCCCACCCCUGGUCCUGCCCUCCUGGCCACCCUACCCUGCGCCACCACGCCCCCGGGCACAUAAGGGGACUGAAGUGUUGGGGCAGAGAAGGGGAGUAGGGCCCCCGGACACUGGCUGCGGGCGGGGUGGGGGUGGGGGUGGGGGGGGGGAGGCGAUGAGCUGAGGGCAGGGGCGUUGCUCACCUGCGUCCUGCCCCUUUCCCGGGAGGCUGGAGGGAAGAGGCCAAGCCCUCGGCAAAAUGUAGCAAAUGUCUGGAUGCUGCAAAAGUGUGUGUGUACAGGCACGGACCCGAAGAAUCUAGUGACUCCCACACAACCCGUUCCCCGGAUGAGGACACUGAGCACAGGAGGAGGGCAACUGGCCUGGAGCCGCACAGCCCCUGGGAGGUGGCGCUCUCGAAGCCCUCCCCCUCCUCCCUAGCGAGCGUCCCACUCCCUCGUGACUGACGGGCUGCCGGGGCGGGGCCUCAGCUGCCCUCCUCCCCCGCCCCCCACCGCAUCCCUAAGGCGAAGGGAGUGAGCGCCGAGCCUAGGGCCGGCCCAGCUCCCCCUGCUGGCCGCACCUGCCCAGGCCCGGGAGCCCCAGAUCCUAGGUCCUGGCUCCCCGAGCCCAGACCCGGCGGCCUGGGCUGCUGGCAGGCGGCGAGGUAAUUCGUGCCAGGAAUACCCCCGGGUUUCUGCCGGAGACCAGCAUGUCAGCCUGGGGUCGUCCCCAUCCCCGCGUCCCCCAGGUUCCCGGUCCUGGAGUAUGCCGCUGUGGGCGUGAGAAUGGGGGUCCGUGGAAACAGGAGGGGGGUGAGUGUGUGUGAGUAGGCGUGCGUGCGGUGUGUGAGUAGAGUGAACGUGUACGCGUGCAGUCCUGUGUGUUCGGUGAUUGCAUCCAGACGCCUCUGGAGACCACUCUGCCCCAGGACCCUCCCCAGGCAGCUGCCAGAGGGCGUCCAGGCCUGUGCUUCACCCGCCCCUCAGGGAAUCUGGCAGGGAGGCACCUGCGGGCUGGUUCCAGCCCCCAGGCAGCAAAACAGGCACCCCAGCUCACCCAGUGUUCCCCCAUGACCCCUGCCAUCUCUGGAGGCCGGGGACCCCGCAAUAACCUCCACUGGGGUGAGGCUGCUCCUUCUGCCUGACCGUGUCCCAUCCACCAGCCCGGGCCGCACCUGCCAGGGUCCCACUGGGGUUCUAGGCCAUCUGAGGGGGCUCUCUGAUGAGUCGGGCUGGCCAGGGAGGGCCUGCCCACCCUCUGGCCUGGAGCCCCCACCUCUCCACUCAUCCCUCAUUCCCAUCGCGCAAAAGGGCUAUAGGUCCCCCUGCCCUGCCUGGGUCCAGUUUACAAACUGCGGUUGCCCCAGGGCCUGGCCCCGCUUUCCUCGGUGCGGCCGCCCUCCUCGAGACCCAUCUCUCCAGUGGGCACUGGGGCCCUCCACACGCCAGGUAAGUAGCAAACCCUCCUCCCACCACGGGCCAAGUUUCAGAGAAGGCCCCCCGUCACUGCCCCUGGCCCACCUGGAGCCCAUCCGGGCCACCUCUCUCUCCCAGCCGCGACUUCUCCUUUUGCCUUAGGCCUCUCGACACCCCGUCUCUCCUGCAAUAACAAGGAAGCAAGAUUCCAAGUAGAUGUCCCUCGCCGUGUGCCCUCUCUCUCUCUCUCUCUCUCUUUCUCUGUUAAGAUCCCCUUUGGGAGUUUCUCUCUCGUCGUAGUAUCUAGAAUGUUAGACUCGGGAAGGGGACCGUAGUUAUGUAGCCCAGCCCUUGUUUGCAGAGGCACAGAGAGGGGCAGCGAUGGCCCCACGCAGGAGCAGGGCCGAAGAAGCCCGGCCUGCUCCGUGGCCGCUGGGGCCCUGUGCUGCCACCUGCUAGUUGGGUUGGGACCCCUCGCCCCUUAGGAGAGGUGUUGGUCACAGAUGUUUACCUCAGUUUAUGUCACUGUCGAAGAAACAAAUAGCAAAAAAUUAAUAACACCGUAGUCACGCAGACUUAGAAGACGAAAAACACACAAAAGAUCUUCCCCUGGCGAUUCUUCUGUGAAGGUGUGUGUGUGUGUGUCUGUGUGUAUGUGUGUGUGUGAGCGUGUCCGUCCCAUCCCGGGCAGGCUGGGUCAUCCCCGGUCUCUGUCAGAGCCCCUGUGCCUCCAUACUGCCCCUGUCCUUUGGUGCUUCCCAGAGGCCCCUCUGAGCUGGCCUGUGGGGUGUGGGGAGCCCCCUGGGCAGGAGGCGGGGCCGCAGGUUAGCUAGAGCCCCACUGAGCAGAGCCCCACGGCUGCCACUGCUCCCUGAGCCCGUGCUGAGGCCGGUGGGACAGUCCUGGUGGCUAGCAUCAACAUCCAAGCCUGGCUCAGGGCCUGGGCGGAAUCCCAGCCCCUCAUGUCUUGCCACCACCCCCCCCCCCAUGUGUUUGUAAAUAUUCUGGCAUCCUUUGGCCCUGAGAAGGUUUUUAAAUGUGUUAUUUACUUCUCUAAUCAUGACAAUUGCUAUAAAAUAAACAAAAGCCUAGAAAAAUUA